AGUGUACGUAUUGCCAACAGUUGAAACAAAAAAACUGAUCACUUUUUUUCCAACUUGAAUUUAAUUCUUGAUUUUGUUUGUGAUUUUGUUUACAGAUAAUUGUAGAUCUGCGUUCGCAUUAAGUUGUGAAUUAAUAGACAAUUAUUUUACAUUAUCAACAAUUUUGUAUGUUACAAUAUCGUUUCACUCUAUAACAGUUACAUAGUGAACGAAUAUAACCUCUUUCAAAGAGAUGGAAUCACGAACAGAAUUUAAAAUAAAAUCGCCUCCGACCGAUGCGAUUUCUGCCGUUGAAUUUGGUCCGAAUUCUACGCAAUUUUUACUUGUCUCAUCAUGGGAUAGUACAGUUAGAUUAUAUGAUAUUCAUGCAAAUAGUAUGAGGUUAAAAUAUAAUCACGACUUGCCGGUUUUGGAUGUAGCAUUUCAGGAUGCGGUACAUGCUUAUAGUGGUGGCUUAGGAAACACAUUGAAGAUGUAUGACAUCAAUAGUAAUACUGAAUCGGUCAUGGGAACACACGACAAACCGAUCAGAAAAAUAGAAUAUUGUGGUGCGGUAAAUGCUAUAUUAACCGGUGGUUGGGAUGCGGCUGUAAAGCUUUGGGAUCCAAGAACUCCCACUUGUGUGGGUAGUUAUCUACAACCAGAUGUAGUUUUGGCAUUGUCAGUUUGUGGAGAUAAAUUUGUAGUAGGCACAGCCAAACGAAAAGUUUGUAUCUGGGAUUUAAGAAAUAUGGCUGGAAUGUUUCAAAGACGCGAGAGUAGUUUAAAAUAUCAAACACGAUGUAUUAAAGGUUUUCCCAAUGAACAGGGCUAUGUUCUAAGUAGUAUAGAAGGUAGAGUGGCAGUAGAAUAUCUAGAUACGACACCAGAAGCACAGAAGAAAAAAUACGCUUUUAAGUGCCAUCGAAUAAAGGAGAAUAACGUAGAACAUAUUUAUCCAGUAAAUGCUAUAAGUUUUCAUUCCACUUAUAAUACUUUUGCUACCGGUGGAUCGGAUGGAUUUGUGAAUAUAUGGGAUGGUUUUAACAAAAAACGUUUAUGUCAAUUUCAUAGAUAUAACGCUGGCGUUGCUGCUCUUAGUUUUAGCCAUGAUGGUUCUGUUCUUGCUAUAGGCGUGUCUUAUUUAAAUGAAUCUCAAAUACCACCUGGUGGUACAGAUGAAAUAGAAAUUUAUAUAAGAUACGUAAACGAUCAAGAAACUAAACCUAAGUAACAUUAUAUCUUUUUAAUAGGAUCAUUUGUAAUUAUAAUGUUAUUUAAAUCGCGCGCUACAGAUCAGAUAAAAACAUCAUUAAAAUCCAUUAACGGGCAUUCUUUCUUUUUUUAUGCAUCAUGUAAAUAUAAAGGAUCAUCAGGAUUUUACACUUUUAUAUUUCGGAAGACUUCGAUAUUGUUAACUGUAAUUAUUCUAUAUGUAUACAUUACAACGAUUCUUACAAAACUGGAUCAUUUCUUUGAAAUUAUUAGAUUAAUCGAAUUAUUUGAAUAAACUAUCGUUUUUCUAAA